AUGACCGGGCUGCUGCAGGGGCCGCCGGGGCUCCUCCACGUCCUGCUCCUGUGGCUGCUACCCUGGGCGCCCCGGGCCGAGCCCGCGCGGUCCCGAGCGCCGCCGCCCUGCCCCGCCGUGUGCGAGCCCACGCGCUGCCCGCCUCUGCCCACCUGCUCGGCAGGGGCGGCGCCGGUGCUGGACGGCUGCGGCUGCUGCCGCGUGUGCCCGGCGGCCGAGGGCGAGGCGUGCGGCGGGGCGCGGGGCCGGCCGUGCGGUCCGGGGCUGCAGUGCGGUGCGGACGGCGCCCAGGGACCCGCCACCUGCGGCUGCCCCGCGACGGGCGCGUCGGUGUGCGGCAGCGACGGGCGCACCUACCGCAGCUUGUGCGCGCUGCGGGCCGAGAACCGCGCCGCGCGCCUCCGGGGAGCGCCGCCUGCCGUGCCCGUGCAGAGGGGCCGCUGUGCCCAGCCCGGCACCCGGAGCGCUGGCCGGCUGCGCAGCAAGUUCAAUUUCAUCGCCGCGGUGGUGGAGAAGGUGGCGCCGUCUGUGGUUCACCUGCAGCUGUUCCGCAGGUCACCACUCAGUGGCAAGAACAUUCCUGUGUCCAGUGGCUCCGGAUUCAUAAUAUCUGAGGAUGGGCUCAUUGUCACCAACGCACACGUCCUCACCAACCGACAGCGCAUCCAGGUGGAGCUUCAGAGCGGUGCCCAGUAUGAAGCCACAGUCAAGGAUAUUGACCAUAAAUUGGACCUUGCGCUGAUCAAGAUUGAGCCAAAAACUGAACUUCCUGUACUGCUGCUAGGGAGCUCGUCUGACCUUCGGGCUGGAGAAUUUGUGGUGGCCUUGGGCAGCCCGUUUUCUCUGCAGAACACAGUGACUGCAGGAAUUGUCAGCACUACACAGCGUGGAGGCAAAGAGCUGGGGCUGAAGGAUUCGGACAUGGACUAUAUCCAGACUGAUGCCAUCAUUAAUCACGGGAAUUCUGGGGGGCCUCUGGUGAACCUGGAUGGUGAUGUGAUUGGCAUAAACACACUGAAGGUGACUGCAGGAAUCUCCUUUGCAAUUCCUUCUGAUAGAAUUAGGCAGUUCCUGGCAGAAUACCAUGAGCGCCAGAUAAAAGGAAAGGCUUUUUCACAGAGAAAAUAUCUGGGUCUGCGGAUGCUGCCUCUGACUAUGAACCUUCUUCAAGACAUGAAAAGGCAAGAUCCAAAUUUCCCUGAUGUGAGUUCUGGGGUUUUUGUAUAUGAAGUAAUUCAAGGAACAGCUGCUGAAAGCUCUGGGUUGAGAGACCAUGAUGUAAUAGUCAGCAUAAACGGGCAGCCUGUCACCACUACAACCGACGUUACAGAAGCUGUUAAGAACAACGAUUUCCUUUCCAUUGUGGUUCGUCGGGGAAGUCAAACUUUGAUCCUGACAGUUGCACCUGAGAUAAUUGAUUAAGUAUCUUGCUUUAACGAGAAACCAAAGCUGUAUUACCUGGUUUGUAUUGAAGAUAUGCCAAAGAUAAGGGUUUUAAGAUCUCUUAAAAAGGGAAAAAUGAAUGCUUUAAAACACAUCUUUAGGGAUCAUUUGGUCAGGGGUGCUACAACUAACACAAGGAGCCCAUGGUGCCAUAGAAGCUGGAUUUGUUGUUUGGUUUUUGGGCCACACUUGGUGGUGCUCAGGGCUUUGCACUGACAGGCUCAGGGGACCAUAUGGAGUGCUGAGGGUCAAAUUUAGGUCUGCCACAUGGGAGGCAAGUGCCUUACCUGCUGUACUAUCUCUCUGCCUCUUUUUUUUUUUUUUUUUGGUGCUGGAGAUCAGUCAAACCCAAGACUUCACACUUUUCAGACAUGUACUCUCUGCUCAGCCACACCAGGUAGAGUUUCUAAUUUAACCCCGAGAAGACCAUUUUAUUAUUUUAAAAUAUCUGUAUAGCUACAAACUAGAUAAAAUGCAAAUAUUCACACGAAUGUAUCUACCUACCAAAUAAUAGAAACCUGAAUCCAGAAAUUAAAAGAAACUUAAAAAAAAAAAAAGUCCUACUUUACUCAAUUAGACUUUUACGUUGAAUUGCAUUUGGCCAGAAUUUUUAUGUGUAGAGAAUAGAUUUCAUGUAGAAGUUGAAGUAAAACUGACAAAUGUGGAUUGCCACUGAGAAAUUUAAAAAAUUCUCUAGCAUUCUAGAGAGGAACUUAGUCUCAACAGUCUUCUAUGAUAGGUUUUUCACAUAAAAUAAGUAUUUUGAUAACUUUGGCCUUUUGUUUAUGGGCCAAUGUGGCAAUGUUCAGGGGUUACUCUGGACUUUGCACUCAGGAACCCCUCCUGGCAGUGCUCAGGCAGCCUAAUGGGAUGCCAGGGAUUGAUCCAGAGUCAGUCAAGUGCAAGGCACUGAACUAUCUCUAGGCCCAAUAACAUUGAUUUUUAUCUUUUUACUUGUCAUUCCUCUUGGCACUAUUGAUAAUUUAAAGUCUGAAAGCUGCCAAAGGCUUUCCUCUUUUUAAAGAAAUGGCUUUUGAGAUGCUUGUGAAUAUCCUUAAGGAGACUUUAAAAAGAAGCAUGAGAUGAGGAGGAGGUUGUUGCUUAAUGCAGUUUUUUAGCUGGGAACCAUAUGACCCCACUGAGUUCCCAAGAUAGUCCAAGGGAUUCUUGGGUAAAAACUACAUGAUUUGGGGACCCAUGUCACAAGACCAUGGGAACCAGGACCACCCGGCACGACAGACAUGGAGGGUACAGGAAGAAAAGAAGCUUAAAAGGGGUCAUGAUCUGAAAAUGGUUGAGAAACACUGGUUAAAGCAUUAACUUCUACUUGAGUAGUAUUAAAAUUCCAAUAUUCAGUUUUUCAGAAGUUUUGCUUAGAAAUGAAUCAAAAGUUUUAAAACAUGUGGCAUCUUUAAAACCUCUUCAGUUCUAUGUGAGAUUUCAUGUACGUGUACAUUUCUUUCGGGGGAGAGUCCAGUUUCCUCAUGACCCACAAUAAUUUUCAAACUACUUUUUAGAUGUGGAGAUAGUGCAAACAGUAGGUACAUGCCCAGCACGUGUAAGGCCCUGAGUCUGGCCCCUAGAAGCCGCGGUGUGGCCCUGGUGGCAAGUAUGUUCUGAGGGGCAUUUGAGCGCCAUGAGGCCAAGCGCUGCUGGUCUCCCUUCCCCAGGGAGUUCCCUGUUAAAAAAAAUACUUUUUUUGAGCAAAGGUAAAUAAGAAUGUACUAUUUCAAGGUCUACCAAUUAUGCGUAAGGAUACAUUCAAUGUGGUAUAUAGAACUUUGUGGUACAGAAGACAAAAUAUAUAUAUAUAUAUACUUAGAAUAUUUAAUUAUACACAAUUACCACCACUUAAUAUAAGUCAUAUUAAUCAGGGAUGAUAAAGCUGAAAUUCUUAGGGAAGCUGUGCAACAACAUUAGGCAUAUUCAAGAGUUAUUCUGAUGUGACUGUUGGUCUUUGUAUCAGCUGUGAUGAGUCUUGGGCUGGGGAAGACAGUGCAAAGGGCUGGAGUGCAAGCUUUGUAUGUAAGAGCCCUGAGUUUGGUCCCCAGCACCAAAAAGUGUCUCCUACUACUCAGUACUUCUGGACAUGAGCACUUCUGGGUAGGCCCCCAAAUAAAAAUCAGUUAUGAUGAAUUUUUGUGCAGUUUUGCCUUAUUAUUUCUAGACUUUGUUAUUCUAACAAGUUCUUAGAUUGCCCACGAAGUGUCCUUUAACUUGAUAUGUACUCAUUUCAAUACACAUGGCAAAAGAUGGAGACUAAGUUUUUAAAAUAACUUACUUAAACUUUAGAAUAUUUCCUUUCAUUCCCAGUGAUUUGGGAAUGUGAACGCUUGGAUGUAUCUCUCUUCCUGUGACCAACUGAUACAGCCCACAGUGAAGCUUUUGGUAUGAUUACUUUUUGACAGGAUGUGUUCAAUUUUCCUUUGCCCCCAUAAAUAACAUCCUAACUCUACCUGGAACUCAAUAAUUAUAUCUUUUAAUAAAUGUCUAUUUUUAUUUCCAAGGAUAAGAGGCUUCUUAUAUUAUCCCACUGUGAAAAUGAUUCUACAGUUACUUACAUGAAAUGUAUCUAAACUUAUAAAUACUAAAUUUUAGGUGGAAUAAUUCUACCUAAAUCAACCCAGACAUGUUUGAUGCUGUUGGCUUUAAAAACAUAAUUGGAAUGAAGAAAUGAAUGUACUGGGGCUGGAGCAAUAGCAUAGCAGGUAGGGUGUUUGCCUUGCACGCGGCCGACCCGAGUUCGAUUCCCAGCAUCCCAUAUAGUCCCCUGAGCACUGCCAGGAGUAAUUGCUGAGUGCAGAGCCAGGAGUAACCCCUGUGCAUCGCCAGGUGUGACCCCCCAAAAAAAAGAAAAA